CGCGCAGGAGGGUGUGUGUAUGAGUGAGUGCGCGCGCGUGUGUGUGUGUGUGACACACGGGAUGAAGAUGAUGAGACUCCACUAGGACAAGUGACCCUUCUAGAUUGGAUACAUUUCGGGAUCGGACCUGAUCAGCGUGUCUGCGCUCGGACUCUCCAUCUGCGUCUAUUAACCGGACACAUAUCUGUCCAUACUUAUAGAAGAAUAUCUGCGUCUCUCUGUAUAAUGCCGACACAUAUGAGAUUUCGGAGAAGGUCAUUUCUUGGGCUUUUAUUUCUCUUCUCGCUCUCCACUUCUGCGCUGUACUUAAUCUAUUCAGCCCCUGGCAUAGUCAAUGAGUACCUGUUCACGGUUCAGGCCCGUGGGAUCCAGAUCCGCGAGAAUGUGAGGAAUAUGGGAGCUCAGGUUCUUGAGCAGAUGGUCCGCAGUGCCUACAACGUCAACGGCACAGACUAUGCAUACGAGUUUAACUUAAGUGAGGCAGAUGUUCCCACCACUGCUUACCUCCCGGGGGGCUUCACGUACAAGCCUGAUCAGGUCUGCCCGGAAAAGCUGCCCUCCAUGAAGGGCAAGUUGAAGGUGAACAUGAGUGAGAUCGCUCUAGAGGAGGUUGAGAGACUACUCAAGAAGGCAGAUCCAAGUCUGUCUCUCGGGGGCCACUGGAAACCGCACGACUGUCUCCCACGCUGGAAGGUGGCCAUCUUGGUUCCUUUCCGUAAUCGCCAUGAGCACCUCCCCAUACUUUUCCGACAUCUGAUCCCAGUGCUUCAGAGGCAGAGACUGCAGUUCGGUUUCUACGUCAUUGAACAGGCAGGAAAUGAACCGUUCAAUCGUGCCAUGCUGUUUAAUGUCGGUUUCAAAGAGGCCAUGAAGGACUUGAACUGGGAUUGUGUAAUAUUUCACGAUGUUGACCACAUUCUGGAAAAUGACCGCAACUACUAUGGUUGUGGUGAAAUGCCAAGACACUUUGCGGUCAAACUCAACAAGUACUCUUACAUGCUUCCAUAUGAGGAGUUCUUUGGUGGUGUUAGUGGGCUCACCGUGGAGCAGUACAGGAAGAUAAAUGGCUUUCCCAAUGCAUUCUGGGGCUGGGGAGGGGAAGACGACGACCUUUGGAACAGGGUUCAGUUUGCUGGCUACAAAGUGAGUCGGCCUCAUGGAGACACUGGUCGUUAUAAGUCUAUACCACACCACCACCGCGGGGAAGUCCAGUUUCUGGGCAGAUACAAGUUGCUCCGUAGAUCCAAGGAGAGACAGAGCCUGGAUGGCCUGAAUAACUUGAAUUACUCCCCUCUAGUGUCCCGGAAGAGUCUGUACACUAAUGUGUCAGUGACGCUCAGUCGAGACCUGGCCCCUGUCGCCGAUUACUGACAACACACAAGGGACGGGCCAGACAGACCCACGCACCAUUUUUAUUAGUUAUUUUUUAGGAAGUGUGUGUGUGGGGGGGGGGGAUUCCUUAAAUCUUUAAUGCACAGAGCAUUUUUAUUUUAUUUUUACAUUUAUUUUAUUAUAUUAUUAUAAUUAUUAUGUUUUUAAAUUUGGCUUUUCUACAUAAUUUGUUAAGCUAAUUUUACCACAGUUUUGUUUUGUUUUUUUUGUGUUUUUCCUUUGUCACUCAUCCACUGUCCGUCUGUCAUGUGAAUGGAUCCGUUCUUGAAUCCAAAACCCCGACUGCUGGUUUACCCUCAUCGGACCAAUCAGAUCCGACAUGUGGUGUGUGUCUUCUAAUCAGACUUCGCCUGGGGGGUUGAAGUCGCAUGUUUACAGCAUGAAUGACAAAAGCUAUUGAACAAGUUAAUGACAAUUAUGCUAAACGACUUCAGAAUAGCCAUUGUAGGAGUUGAGGAUAUGCCCUUUUCUCUGCCAGAAACAAACACAGCUGGUUCUGUGCGUUAGGAUAUAAACCAAUAAAUGCAGGUUAAAAUAUGUAUUAAAUAUAGAAUAAAUAAGCAUGCACUGAUACUUACGGUAGAUGCUACUAACAUCACGGGUUUAAGUGUGAGUAUUCGCUCAUGAAACGUGGAAACGAACACCCUCGAUCAUUUUAGCUGUACAAUACAAACACGCUCAUCAACCACAAUGCUUACUGUUCAACACAAAGAGUUUUCUCGACAUUAGCAUGACCCCAUGAAAAUGGCUUGACAAGCGCAGUGUCCUUUCCUGUGUUCAUGUAUCUUUUACUAAAACAGGGCGUUGGGGCAUAUCAAAGGGCUUGUACCUUUUUGUAAAUGGCCAGUAGCUUUUAGUUUAUGAUUUGCUACUUGCUAUUUCUAAUCAGGGGCAGGCGGUAUUGAGAGGGCGACAUUCAAUUUAGUUCAAAUUUGCCCAGAAGAAAUUUUGGCCUCAUCUAUAUUUAUGGGCCGUUUUCCGUGAACAGAUAUUCUCAUUUGUACGGUCAUUUUUAAUCCACCUAUCUGCUAAAGUGAGUUUUCUCAACUCUUAGGAGUACAACCAGCACAUCAGACCUAAUAGACAUGGACUAAAGGCCACAAAACGAUGUCUUAAGAGCCAUACACAAACCACGGCAAUGCCAGCAAAAUGCGCCUCGGUCUGAACGGUCACGCAUUUUUGCUGCGUUCACUGGGAUAUGUGUCAUUGGAACUAGAUUAGGACCAGCUGACGUGUUAGUUUUGAGAUUUGUCAAGCUGUAUUUAUGUGGGUCUGCUGGUUGUUUAAAACACUGGAUUGUCUGUCGAACAAACAUCCUGUUGUUUGUGCUUACAGAGGGUUUUUUCCAUUAGUUCCUGCUUACAUUGUGUAGAUAAUGUUUCCCAUGCACUGCCCUUCACAGUCAAAUCGACAUGCUUUGCAUUGAGCAAUAUGCUGUUGCCUCUCUGCGUGUGUAGUCACCUCACCUCUGAUGACAUUAUAAAACGCUAUUGAGUUUUACUAGAGCCAAUAUUUGACAUUGUUUAAUUCCGAGUGUUAUUGCCAGGUAAUCUCUUGAGCUGAAUUCGGACAAGCAGACUGAGCAACUCUAUUAGACCAAACACACAGACACUCUGGGCCUCAUUCGUGAAACCACUUGCAUUCAACAACUUGCGUUCAAGAAAUACGUCGAAACGUAGAACACAUGCACAUAAUAUAGAGAUAGUUUACAUUUGUGAAAGCAGACUGAAUUUCUGUGUCGUCAUUCAUAAAAACAUUAUUGCGCAAUUUGUUGCAUUGAAAUGAAUGCGACUUAGUUAUGAACAACUCGCACAGAAAUUGGUCAUGCUUGUGUUUUAUAAUAUCCUGAGAUACAGUGUCCAUGUCGGUCAUUUAUGAACCAUAAAUGAGGCCCUUUGCUUUCAUUCCACUGUAAUAGCACAUUAUCAUUACACGCGUUUAUGUCGUUUAGAGACCUUAGAGGCUUCGUAAUGCGUAUUUGUGAGCGUGUUCGUGUGCAUUCAUCAAAUCAGAGGCUGGACCUCGUACUUAUUCAUUCCUUUAUGUACAUUUGUUUUGUUUUUUAUUAGUUUUAGUUCAUUUUUACAUAUUUCUAUCUUGUUUUACUGUAAUUGUGAUUAUUGUGAGGGAAACGUAUCAAGAGAGAUAACUGUGAUGUAAAAACAAGCACUGCAAUAUGUUUCUUAUCACGUACAAUGUGAGACUGAUCUUGGGAAGAGAGUCUGUUGCUGUUAAACUCAAUGGACGGCUGUUUCGUAUGAUGACACGAGAGAACGAGUAAGUUAGAGAGACGGUUCUUGGUCGCCCGCCCAGUGAUCCUGCCCUGAUAGCCAAUGGUGCUGACCUCACAGACAUUAGUACUGUGCUGCCAUGGUACUUUUGUCUUGUAACAGAUAAUUAGACGGGAUUGAAUCUAAUUACACUCUUGCCUCAUUGACCAUCUCGGCAGUGUAAUCUAUCCAUGUAGCAGGUAAAUUGUGUUUAGCUGGACGAACGCUCAAGCAGAUCUUUCUAAUGUUUGAUUCUCUCUGUGUUUGACACUCAUGGAGUUUUGCGCCAAUGUUUGGGGUCCUUUUUGCUCGUUUAACAAUUAGCGAUUAGUGCUCUCACACUGCGUCCGAACCCAAUGCAACAUGACAAGAUCCCAGCAUGAUGCCACAAACCAAGUGACCAACAAAACGAGCUCAAAAUCAGAGAUAAGACACAGAAAAUCCUACUGGUCCUGCCUCACUUUUUUUAUGGGCCCCGUCAUUGGCACACUCCAGCCCACUAUAUAACCCAUUCUGCUCCAGAUGAAAUGACAGGGAGGGCCGCAACCCAUCCCUUGAACAACUGGCUGCCUUAAAACCUGUUAAUUUAUUCAAUAUAAUCAUGUUUUUAUUUUUUAUAAGCAAAUAUAUUUAAUGUGUUAUUGUGCAUAUUGUGUAGUGUGUUUUGGGGGAAAAAAAAGUCAUAUAAAGGAACUUCAAAGACUGACUUACUAUUAAGAAAAAAUUUGGAGCCCUUUAGUCAGACAAUGAUUUGGUGCCAUUGACCUCUCUGUGAAUGCCAUGAGCUGUGUGAGCUGUAUUUUCUAUUCACUCCAACAUUUGUUUCUUUUUAAUCAUAACAGGCCUUAAAUACUGUUUUUAUGAUCAUUCGUGAUGAAGAUGAAGAUGUUCCUCUAUAACAUUAUCAUGUAUCUUACUAAGAUCUUUUGUCGGCCAAACACAUUCAUUUUCCAAAUCUUUGCAUCUGGAAAUGAAACAUUUUACAUCAUUUGUAUAAUAUCAAGACAACUGAAAUGUUAUGAGAAAAUAAGAUGUCGUCAUCCAUUAUAAGGGGAUCAGGUCUCCUUGAAGUGAAGCCAUCUGCCACUCGUACAACACAUCUCAGCCUUAGUGUUUCUGUAUGAACAUAUCUCUCAGUAGAGACACUUUCUAUGAUGUGAGAUCUUUUUUUCUAUUAUCAUUGUUGAAAUGACUGAAGUGCACCAAUA